GCGCGGAGCGCAGCAGCGGCGGGCGCAGCUAGCGGGUCGGCUGCGGAGCGGGGGUGCAGCGAGCUUUGCCCCCCGUACCCCUCCCCCUCGACGCAGCUCCACCCCUCGGCCCACCGGGCCAUCCCAACCGAACUAUCCCCUGCGGCGCCAGUGCGGGGCGGCUCCGGGCGCCCCCAGCAGACCCCCAUCAUGGGCAGCCAGAGCUCCAAGGCUCCCCGGGGCGACGUGACCGCCGAGGAGGCAGCGGGCGCUUCCCCCACGAAGGCCAACGGACAGGAGAAUGGCCACGUGAAAAGCAAUGGAGACUUAACCCCCAAGGGUGAAGGGGAGUCACCACCCGUGAACGGAACAGAUGAGGCAGCUGGGGCUACUGGUGAUGCCAUCGAGCCAGCGCCCCCUAGCCAGGAAGCUGAGGCCAAGGGGGAGGUCGCCCCCAAGGAGACCCCCAAGAAGAAGAAGAAAUUCUCUUUCAAGAAGCCUUUCAAGUUGAGCGGCCUGUCCUUCAAGAGAAAUCGGAAGGAGGGCGGGGGUGAUUCCUCGGCCUCCUCACCCACAGAGGAAGAGCAGGAGCAGGGGGAAAUCAGCGCCUGCAGCGACGAGGGCACUGCCCAAGAAGGGAAGGCAGCUGCCACCCCUGAAAGCCAAGAGCCCCAGGCCAAGGGGGCAGAGGCUAGCGAUGCCUCCAAGGGAGGAGACACGGAAGAGGAGGCAGGGCCCCAGGCUGCAGAGCCAUCCACUCCCUCAGGGCCCGAGAGUGGCCCUGCAUCGGCCAGUGCUGAGCAGAAUGAGUAGCUGGGUGGGGGCAGGUGGGUGAUCUCUAAGCUGCAAAAACUGUGCUGUCCUUGUGAGGUCACUGCCUGGACCCGGUGCCCUGGCUGCCUUCCUGUGCCCAGAAAGGAAGGGGUUUGUUGCCCCCUCCCAGCCACGUUCCCUUUCUCCCUCCUGUGGAUUCUCCCAUCAGCCAUUUGGUCUUACUCUUAAGGCCAGUUGAAGAUGGUCCCUUACAGUUUCCCUGUUGCCCUGAGUUAGGUUAGUGAUGUGAGAUGCUCCUGUCCCUACCUUCUUCCCAGGCCCCACCCCUGCAGAAGGCAAUGGCUGGCUUUCCUCCCCAAUUCUUUUCCAAGUACGUUUUGUUUAUCCCACUUCCCAAACCCUGAAUGUCCAGCCUUUUCCCUUGUUGAGUUUUUAGUCUCUUGUGCUGUGCCUAGUGGCACCUGGGGAGGACACUGCCCCUGCCUGGGUUUUUAUAAAUGUCUUACUCAAGUUCAAACCUCCAGCUUGUGACUCAACCAUGUCUCUGACUUGAUAAACAAGUAUUAGGCUCUGGGCGGGAGGGAGGUCUGUAAUGUGAAACAACUUCUUGUUGUCUUUCCCCCCUCUCCCAUCGUUGUAAAUAACUUCUAAUGGCCAAACCCUGGAUUUGUACUUUUUUUUUUUUUUUCUAACUGCUAAAACCGUUCUCUGCCACCUGGAUUUACUGUAACAUUUGGAAAAGGAAUAAAU